AUGACCGUGGUGCCUGGGGAGAACCUGGAUGAGACCGUGGCCUUGGCCGCGCUGUGCCAGGACGCGUAUGAACCAGAACGCGCGGAUCAGGAGUGUUGUGAGCGGGUGGUGAUCAACAUUUCGGGUCUGCGCUUCGAGACGCAGCUGAAGACGCUCGCCCAGUUCCCCCGCACGCUUCUCGGAGACCCGCGCAAACGCAUGCGCUUUUUUGACCCGCUCAGGAAUGAAUACUUCUUCGAUCGCAACCGACCCAGCUUUGAUGCCAUCUUAUACUAUUAUCAGUCUGGCGGGCGACUCAGGAGACCUGUUAACGUGCCUGUGGAUAUCUUUAUGGAAGAGAUUAAGUUUUACGAACUGGGUGAAGAAGUGAUUGAGAAUUUUAAAGAAGAUGAGGGGUUCAUUAAGGAAGAGGAGCGCCCUUUACCAGUCAACGAGUUUCAAAGGCAAGUUUGGCUCCUUUUUGAGUACCCAGAAAGCUCUGGACCUGCCAGGGGCAUCGCUAUCGUGUCAGUCCUUGUGAUCUUAAUCUCGAUUGUUAUUUUCUGCUUGGAGACCUUGCCCGAGUUCAGAGAGGAGGUCAGAUCUCAUGAUGUCCACAUGUCUGUAAAUGGGACCUCAAUCCCAUUCAAGAGACCGAACCCCUUCACGGACCCGUUCUUUAUUGUGGAGACCUUGUGCAUUAUUUGGUUCUCGUUUGAACUCAUUGUGCGCUUCUUGGCGUGCCCGAGCAAACCUGCGUUCUUCAAGAACAUUAUGAACACCAUUGAUGUGGUUGCAAUUAUGCCAUAUUUUAUAACCCUUGGUUUGGAACUUGCAGAGCACCAGGGGAACGGGCAGCAGGCAAUGUCGCUGGCCAUUCUGAGGGUCAUCAGACUGGUCAGAGUGUUCAGGAUCUUUAAACUAUCACGACACUCCAAAGGUCUCCAGAUUCUGGGCAAGACCUUGCAGGCGAGCAUGAGAGAACUCGGCUUGUUGAUCUUCUUCCUUUUCAUUGGAGUCAUCCUCUUCUCAAGUGCAGUCUACUUUGCUGAGACGGAUGACCCCGAGUCGGGUUUCAGCAGCAUCCCGGAUGCUUUCUGGUGGGCCGUGGUUUCCAUGACAACCGUAGGAUACGGAGAUAUGUGCCCGGUCACGAUCGGAGGAAAGAUUGUCGGGUCGCUGUGCGCAAUCGCCGGCGUGCUCACCAUCGCGCUACCAGUUCCCGUCAUCGUGUCUAACUUUAACUACUUCUAUCACAGGGAAACAGAACACGAGGAGCAGGUACAGUACAAGCAUGUAACGUGUGGUCAGCAGCCUCAGCAACAACACGGAUACGACUUCACCAGGAGCGACAGCAAACCAUCUCUCUCCAAAUCAGACUACUUAGACUCGGACGACGCCGAUUCCAACAAGUACACAAACUGCAGUCCACAUAAAGCGUACACAGGAAAACUCACAGAUGUAUAAGUGUCACACAGCAGCACAACAAAAGUGACGCAGAAACACAAGAGCGCGCGUCCGGUGCGCGCUUCUCUGUGCACGCGUUUUUGUGCGCUUAGUUGGUGCGUGUUUUCUCAUCCAGCAAUCCUAUCUGAUUCUGGAGCUCUAAAUAUCAAGUGGUAAACAAAGCAGAGUCAUUUUCAUUUAGCAACUAAGGAUUGAAAGAUUACUACGAAUAUGCA